AUACUCUGACAGCUUAAAGGUUAAGUGGCAUUCGAUGAGCCAUCUUUUUCUCUUCUACUUUUUUUAUUUAUUAUAUCGUGACACGUGCGAGAAUCGAAUCUGUUAAUUUUAAUUGAGAUAAUGAAAUUUACUACUCCUGAAAUUUCGUGGCACAAUCGUGACCCGGUAUUGAGCGUUGAUAUACAGAGAGAUAUAUGCAAAAAUUUGAAAGGAGAACAGUUUUGGAGAGUAGCGACUGGAGGAGCGGACUGUCACGUUUUGAUUUGGCAUUUAACAACUACUGAAUAUGGCGGAGCUACUGUGAAUUUUGCAACAGACUUGGAUCGUCAUCAAAAGGCAGUAAAUAUUGUGAGAUUUUCCCCAUCAAAAGAAAUUCUAGCAUCAGGAGAUGAUGAAUCAGUUAUUAUCUUGUGGAAAGUCAAGGAGAAAGAGGGAUGUGAUUUUCCUUUAAAUGAUAUUGAAGAUAAAGAACAAUGGACUUCUUGGAAAGUAUUGAGAGGUCAUAUUGAAGAUAUUUAUGAUAUUAGCUGGUCACCAGACUCUAAUUCUUUAAUUUCUGGAUCUGUUGAUAAUACUGCUAUAUUAUGGGAUGUUCAGAAAGGACGUAAAACUGCGAUAUUAUCAGAUCAUAAAGGUUUUGUCCAAGGAGUGUCCUGGGAUCCCCUCAAUCAAUAUGUAUGCACUAUAAGCACAGAUAGACAUUUUCGUUUAAUAAACAUUUCUACAAAAAAAGUUAUUCAACGCAUUUAUAAGUCCACAAUUCCAACACCAUUUGGUAGCCCGUUGGAAGGGAAGAUUGUACGUUUAUUUUACGAUGACACAUUUAAAUCGUUUUUUCGUAGACUGACCUUUUCGAUAGAUGGAUCAUUGAUUUUUGUUCCCUCUGGAAUAAUUGAAUCUCAUGAGACUACAGAAGCUAUAUCAAAUGCGACGAUUGUGUUUUCCAGGAGAAAUAUGAAAGAACCAAUAAUGAUUUUGCCUACUAUGAAUGAGUGCACUAUAGCAGUAAAAUGUUGUCCGGUAUAUUUUGAAUUGCGGGAGAAUGGUCCAAAUACACUGAUAACAUUACCUUAUAGGAUGAUAUUUGCAGUUGCAACACAAAGUUCUGUAUUAAUUUACGAUACACAACAAACUUGUCCAAUUGGUGUAAUAUCACUUAUUCAUUAUGGUCGAUUGAAUGAUCUCUCAUGGUCCAGUGAUGGCCAAAUUUUAAUUGUGUCUUCGAGCGAUGGCUAUUGUUCCAUAAUACAGUUUCAAGAAGGUGAAUUAGGUAAAAUUUAUAAAAUGAAAAAUCCUGUAGAUACAGUUUUAACAAAUAAAUGUAAAAGUUCUGGCAAAAACUCAAGAAACAUAGAUAAAGAUAGCAUAAUCAAAAGCAAUAUUUCAACGUUUGAUGUUGAUGAUUGUGCAAUGGAUAUUGAUAUUGUAAAAUCUGAUACAAUAAUACAUCAACCUGAAGAACUUAAUAAACAGAAAUUGAAUGAAGUAGAAGAUGAUCAAAGUAUUAAAUCAGAGAUCAUUGCUUUACAAACAGAUAAGAAAUCAAAUGAGGAUGCAGAAGAAACAGAAGAUAUCAAGUUAGUGUACAAUGAGGAAAGUAAUAGUAAUAUGGACAAAACUAAAAUCAGGAAUACUCCACCAAAACCUGAUGUUGUUCCUGUAAAAUGUCAUAAAACUCCUAGAAGAGUAAAAUUAAUAACUUUGUCGAGUCCAAAAGAACUUAAAAAAUAAUUUGUGUAUACAAAAAUAGAUUUUCUUCUGAAACUUAUUAUAUAGCCUAAUUAUGUAAUUAUUUUCUUAUACUGUAUUACUAGUGCAUACUGACUAUGAGAUUGUAUAU